AUGAACGCUUUAUUCGCAGGUUUUCCCUCAAAAGAUGACGAAUCAAAGAUACGCUCACGAGCUGUGAUGAUUCGACUGCUAGGUACGAGGCUCUUUACGCGCCUCUUGUUGGUCGUUUGUUCCCUCAGCCUGCUGAGUCUUCUAUUUCUUAGCAGAUGCGGUCUAAACGGUCUCGAUUCCACGUCGAUUUCCGCUGAAGACAGUGAUGUACAGUCACCAUUUAUCUCUGGCUCGACAAUAACGGGGAAUCAACAGUCCGCAGGAGAUGACGUCGCCGCCCGGACCCAGGACAACGGCUACUCCUAUCAGCAGCUGCUGCAGCAGCGGGAGGAGGAGAACAGGCAAGAAGUCGAGAGACUCACCGCCGAGAUACGCGCCCUCAAACUACAACUUCUCCAAUUUACGAGCAGUAAUAAUGGUAUACAACAUCCUCCCCAUCACGAUUCUUCCUCCUAUUCGUUAAACGUGAACUCCAAUAAUUCAUCAUCUGCAAACCUGUCGCCAACUAUAACGAACUCCGAGUGCUCGAACUACAUCCGGAAGCAGAUAAUGACGGCGGAGAUUUUGCACGGCACGCCCUUAAACAAUGAAUACGAGCUUAUCCCAUUUAAUCAUUUCACCUACAAUCGCGUUUAUCCCAUAGACCUGGGUUUGGGUAAGAGGGUGGUCGAGAAACCGAUCGGUUUCAAGAGGAAAGACCUAAUGGAGGCACUGAUGAAAGCAUUGGAUUCACUCAACAGGAACGUGACCGAGAAAAACAACAAGUACACACUGGACGAUUUUUUAGAAGGGCUUUACAGAACAGAACCGACUACCGGGACGCAGUACGAGUUGUUUUUUAGGACUAAAGUGUUAAAUAAGAGCACGCCCGAGCAGCAUCACAGCUCCAGCGGUGGAGGCGGCGGUUACACUAAAAUAGUAUUAAUGCGACCGUUCGCACCGAUCCAGGCGAUAAAAACGGAAGGUCUGAUUGGGCCGCGCGAUAAAGAGCUCAUUCAAAUAAUUCUUCCUUUAUCCGGACGAACGGCCACAUUCCAAAGUUUCAUGGAUAAAUUCGUCAAGAUCGGCUUAAAAAACGACCGCAAGGUCCAUUUGACGGUCGUCUAUUUCGGCGAGGAGGGCCUGUCGGAGGCCAAAUCUAUAAUGUCCCGCGUACUGAUGACGAAGAACAGCGGCGGUAAUGAAAAGAACCUGAAACUGUUGGCGUUAAACGAGACUUUCUCGCGGGGCAAAGGUCUGCGCGUCGGUGCCGAACGGGUCUGGGAUCUGGAGGGUGGCGAUAAAAAAGACGUGUUGCUGUUCAUGUGCGACGUGGAUGUGGUGUUCAGUGCGCGAUUCCUGGACAGGUGCCGUUGGAAUACUAAACCGGGAAAGAAAGUGUAUUAUCCUGUCGUGUUCAGUCUCUACAACCCGCACGUGGUGUACACGCUCCAAGGCAAAGAGGUGCCGGCUGAAAAUGAUCAACUGGUUAUCUCCAGGGACACCGGUUUCUGGAGGGAUUUCGGCUAUGGCAUGACAUGUCAAUACAGGUCCGACUUCCUGAAAAUCCGCGGAUUUGAUGAAGACAUAGUGGGAUGGGGUGGCGAGGACGUGAUGCUGUACAGAAAGUACGUCCGCAGCGGCAUGAAAGUGAUUCGGGCCACCGACCCUGGCAUCUUUCACAUAUGGCACCCGAAGGUGUGCUCGGGCGGUCCCGGGGGACAGCGACUAUCCGCCGACCAGUACAGGGCCUGCAUAAGGUCGAGGGCUCUGAACGAGGCGUCGCACGCCCAACUGGGCUUCCUGGCGUUCAGGGACGACAUCGCGGCGAACAGCGGCUCUGCAAAGUACGCGCCCGCCUCGCACAACGCCAAGUCCCCCAAGCAGCAGCCGAAACGGAACCGGUCCUGAACUGGCGACGACGCUAGGGACGCGUAAAUACAGAGACCGGUCGUUUACGAGAGUCGGCGGCGUAUUCAAAGCACCACAAUUGCAAGAACGGAACAGUAACAGGAAAUGUCACUGAACGGAUAAUAGAUUAUUAGUGUCGAAGUUUACCAAGAAGACUGUAACUGCGGAUCUUUGUGGCCUAUGAUGUCAAUAACUUCAGUAAUAAAACGACUCGCAGACGCUGCAAUUGUACAACAACUUGUAGAACUAAUGAUCGCUCCUACAGUUUGGUGCAACUGUGUGUUUAACUCAAAAACUAAAUUAACUCGUACAGAUCGGAUUACAGAAUGAUUUAGAGUGUUAUUUUAUUUUACAACGAUGGGAAAAAUUUUAUUUGGUACUGGGAUUACGAAAUCCAAUUACUUUUAUAUGCAGGGUGGCAAUGAAAAUUGAAUUUGGAGAUAAGAGGGCUAUUUUAAUGUAUCUUUGUUAUUCAGCUGCUGAGGAGGAAACUUUCCGAACGUGGUUUGUUGUGUUUUUGAUGGGUUGUUUAAUUAAAUUUCGGAUAGAUAAUUAACAUUGUCCGUCAUAAUGAAAAAACUGAUAAUGUAUCCAAUUUUUCCCAACUUGUAUCUUGUUUAUUAUAAAGUUUACACAAGAUAUUUAAUGGCAAAACUAAAAUUUGCUGUUGUGUGUAAACAGACUUUAUAAAUUUCGUUCGCAGUUGUUGGCACCCUUUUGAGGCAGCCAAUAAACAUUAUUCAUUCUUAUUUGAAUUGGACACAUGAAUGUUUUUUUGAAAAAAGUAAAAUUCGGUACAAUUUACAAUAUGAUGAUUUAGUUGUUGAUUAGAUUUCUUAAAGUUUUUAGUACUGGUAUUAGUCUUAACCUCAAAUGAAACAUAUUUAUUAAUAUUAAAUUAUAUAUUAUUAUAAUAUUAAUUAAUUAAUAAGUAAUUUUUAUUUAACAUUCCUUUACAAAAUUCUUACUCUCUUGCCUUGUUUCCUCACAAAACAGAGGUCCAUAAUUGCAUCGUAUCAAUAUUUACCAAAUCUCUGGGAUAUCAACAUUCACAAAACUUUUAAGAGAACUAAUAAAAACUCCAAGUUUUUAAUAACAUUGUUUUAUUGAAUUUUAAUUUCCAUCAAGAAAAUAUCUUUAUGUCCAAUUUGAGUUUGAAUAAAAAUUAUUGUUGUCACUUUCAAGAGACUGGAAACAAGUGAAAUCAAUAGAUUUUAGUUUUGGCAUUAAUUUUUGUUUAUGUUGUUUUCAAAAUAAAUCAGGUCAUAGGUCAUGAAAAAUUCAAAUUUGUAAAUUUUUUCAAUAUAACGGACAUUGAUUAUCUAUCUAAACAUUAAUUUAACAGGUAGUCAAAAUCACAACAAAUCACAUUCGAAAAAUUUCGUUCUUGUCUGCUCAAUAACAAAGAUACAUUAAUUCUCUUACAGCAGACACCCUGUAUAGGUUCUUAAAUAUUUCAUUUAGGUUUUCAUUGUCAAUGUAUUCAAAUUCCAAAUAAUAACAUUCCAGUAACCUCAUUCAAAUAAUGCUAAGCAAAAAAUACGUUUGGUUUACGGUGGCUUACGAAUAUUCUUUCCCAGUGUAGUCUUACCGUAAUAAUUUAAUAAAGUUGACAGACCUUAAGCCAUCGAAAAUCAGAAAAUCAAACUGAACUAGUCAUACAUACCUAUACAUACAGGCUUUGUACUUAUGAAAGCUGUUGUGUUUAUUACGUCCCUAUGAAUGUCUGGAGAUAUCACUAGAUAAAUUUAUAAAAAUGCAUAUAUAAUAUAUAAAAUGUGAGCCGAUUUUGGUAAUAAAAUAUUAAAAUUA